CGUCUAUCUGUGUGAUCUGGAUACUGAAUAAAUUCAACUUUUCAGCUUCACUUUAGUCAUUUUAGAUUCUGAGUCUGAGAUGCCACUGGCUACUUUUGGACUGUCACAGUGGAUUUAGACCCACAGAUAACAUCUGGAGUAUCUGAGAAACAUAUACAGUUUUUCUUUUACAGUAUUUCAUAAAUAUUCAAAGACAUUCAGUCCCAUUCAAUGAUGACUGCGGUUUGUUAACGUGCCUCGAAGAGGGGUGUUUAUCUUCGGGCUCAUCUGGGCCAUUCGAGAGCUGCUGCCAAGGUCCUUGUAUCUAUAAAACGUGUUAUAUUGAAGAGGAGUUUUGUGAGUGCAAAUGGCGCCCACCGUUGGUGGUCCUGAAGGCUACACACCACCUGAGGGGGGCUGGGGAUGGAUGGUGGUAGUUGGGGCCUUUAUCUCUAUUGGCUUCUCCUAUGCAUUCCCCAAGUCCAUCACUGUGUUUUUUAAAGAGAUCGAGGCGAUCUUCGAUGUGACCAGCAGCCAGGUGUCCUGGAUCUCUUCCAUCAUGUUAGCCGUCAUGUACGGCGGAGGUCCUAUCAGCAGCAUCCUUGUGAAUAAAUAUGGGAGUCGUAUUGUCAUGAUGUCGGGAGGACUCAUAUCUGGAUUGGGCCUCAUUGCUGCGUCUUUUUGCAAUUCUGUUCAAGCACUAUACUUUUUUAUUGGUGUGGUGGGAGGUUUGGGAUUGUCCUUCAACCUCAACCCCUCCCUCACUAUGAUUGGAAAGUACUUCUACAAUAAGCGACCUAUUGCUAAUGGUAUUGCCAUGGCAGGCAGCCCCGUCGUUCUCUGCACAUUGGCUCCUAUAAAUACCUGGCUUUUUGAGAAGUUUGGCUGGAGAGGAAGUUUUUUGAUCCUGGGUGGACUGCUCUUUAAUUGCUGUGUCGCUGGUUCCCUCAUGCGGCCUAUUGGACCAAAACCGAAACCUCCAGAGAAGAGCACAGAGAAGAGGACUGUAGUGCAGACCAUCAACAGUUUCAUCGACCUCUCUUUGUUCAAGCACCGCGGCUUCAUGCUCUAUAUUGGAGGAAAUGUCAUCAUGUUUUUCGGUCUCUUUACACCACUUGUGUUCCUCAGUAAUUAUGCAAAGAGUAAAGACAUCCCUAAAGAGAAAGCAGCAUUCUUACUGUCUGUGCUGGCUAUUGUGGACAUGGUGGCCCGGCCCUCAAUGGGAGCCUUGGCUAACACUAAGUGGGUUCGACCCAGAAUACAGUACUUCUUUGCUGUGUCUGUUCUGUUCAACGGCGUUUGCCACAUUUUAUCACCAUUAUCAGUCGACUACAACGGCUUUGUGAUUUAUUCCAUCUUCUUUGGGUUUGCUUUUGGCUGGCUGAGUGCAAUUCUGUUUGAGACGUUGAUGGACUUGGUGGGAACUAAGCGCUUCUCCAGUGCUGUUGGGCUGGUUACUAUCGUGGAGUGUGGGCCUGUGUUGUUGGGACCCCCUUUGCUCGGGAAGCUGAAAGACAUCUAUCAUGAUUACAAGUACACCUACCAGGGCUGCGGGAUCCUCCUCAUCGUCUCCAGUGUUAUUCUGUUUGCAGGGAUGGGACUCAACUAUCGACUGCUGGACAAAGAGAAAAAGGAGGAAGAGAGACUGGCCAGAGUGGGAAGUAGAGAACAAAAGUCCAUCAUGGACAAUACUGCCAAGGAUAUGUCAGAAGAUAGUAACAAAGAAGACAUUCUCUAAUAUUGUGUCUUUUCUUAUGUUACAUUUGAGUUUGGGUUUAAUAGUGCCUGUGGGGCAAAUAUAUAGUCUACAACCACCACAGUAAGCCUUACCUGCAAUGCAAGUUAAGCUAUUUACACAGCUAUUAAAGGCCUUUUAACUGAAAUAAACAAUCCAUAGGGACUGUUAUAUGAAUUUGGUAUAUAAUUCAAGUUUGUGCUUAUAUUGUUAGGAUAUGAAUGUGUUUUUAUAAAUCCUGAGAUGGUAUCACUAUGAGUUUUCUGUUACUGUUGCAGUACAGACUUCGCAAACAUUUUUUGUGAAACUGCCUUAUUAUAGUCUUACAUCACUAUUUUUGACACCAUCUCUCAAAAACAUUGUAUAAAGAUUUGUUGCGGCCUACAAUUAUAUUCUGGCUCUGCAGUUUUUGAAGGUUUGAAAACCUCUACAUAUAUGGUAAAACGAUAACUUUACAUAUAUGUUACAAACAAAUAUUCAUACUAUUAUCUAUUUCAACUUUUAUGUUUUGCUUGGUUGAAUUUUGAUGAUGGAUGAUGGGAAAUAUCUAUUAUACUGAGGGCAUUAAACCUUGUUGCAACUAGCUAUGUUUGCAAAUGAUAAAAAACAAACUACAACUUCCUGUACAUUGAAGAAGUCCAAUAAACAUUUAUCCUUUUACUAGGAUAAAAAAGUA